CCCUGCUGGACAGCAGGAGAAACACACACUGCAAAAAAACCUAAACCCUUCAAAACCCCAAAGCAUUACAUUUCCAGAGCUUCUUCCAUCAGAACCUUCUCCUCUCCAUCUUCUCCAUACUCCAAUGGCAUCGGUCGCUUUCAGAAAUCCCAAUUCGAAGCGCGUGUUCUCACUCUCUCCUCAAAUCUACUCGUGCUGUAGAGCAGGAUCAGCUCCCACUCAGUUCUCACUCUCAGAGUCGCUAAAUGCAAAUGAAACUCCCUCUCUUUCUAACCCUUGGUGGAGAUCCAUGGCUACUUUCACUCGAACAAAACCUCAUGUAAACGUGGGAACUAUCGGCCAUGUUGAUCAUGGAAAGACUACUCUUACUGCCGCAAUUACAAAGGUCCUAGCAGAAGAAGGAAAGGCCAAGGCUGUUGCAUUUGAUGAAAUUGAUAAGGCCCCGGAAGAGAAAAAGAGAGGAAUUACUAUUGCCACAGCCCACGUGGAGUAUGAGACGGUUAAAAGACACUAUGCUCAUGUUGAUUGCCCAGGACACGCAGAUUAUGUUAAGAAUAUGAUUACUGGAGCUGCCCAAAUGGAUGGUGGUAUUCUAGUUGUAUCCGCUCCUGAUGGACCCAUGCCACAAACAAAGGAGCAUAUCUUGCUUGCACGCCAGGUUGGCGUACCAUCACUUGUCUGCUUUUUAAACAAAGUUGAUGCUGUUGAUGAUCCUGAACUGCUGGAACUUGUGGAGAUGGAGCUUCGGGAACUGCUUAGUUUCUACAAAUUUCCUGGAGAUGAAAUUCCUAUCAUUCGUGGUUCAGCUCUUUCUGCUUUACAGGGAACUAAUGAAGAAAUUGGAAAGAAAGCUAUUUUAAAGUUAAUGGAAGCUGUAGAUGAAUAUAUUCCUGAUCCAGUGCGUCAGCUUGAUAAACCAUUCUUAAUGCCAGUAGAAGAUGUAUUCUCAAUUCAGGGACGUGGAACUGUUGCUACUGGCCGUGUUGAACAGGGACAAAUAAAAGUUGGAGAUGAUGUGGAGAUCUUAGGGCUGAUGCAGGGCAAUUUAAAAUCUACAGUGACUGGUGUUGAAAUGUUCAAGAAGAUCUUGGAUCAUGGACAAGCUGGCGAUAAUGUCGGGCUUCUUCUUCGUGGCUUGAAACGAGAAGAUAUUACGCGAGGAAUGGUGAUUGCAAAGCCUGGUAGUGUGAAAACGUACAAGAAAUUUGAGGCAGAGAUAUACGUACUAACAAAGGAUGAAGGUGGUCGCCACACUGCCUUUUUCUCAAACUAUAGGCCUCAGUUCUACCUGAGGACUGCUGAUAUUACUGGUAAAGUGGAGUUGCCUGAAAACGUCAAGAUGGUUAUGCCGGGGGAUAACGUUACUGCUACUUUCGAGCUGAUAUCUCCAGUUCCUCUUGAUGCAGGACAAAGAUUUGCUCUGAGGGAGGGUGGCAGAACGGUUGGUGCUGGGGUUGUUUCCAAGGUACUGAGCUGAGGUUCGCGGAAAAUGCAAACUUAUGUUUCAGUCUGGUUUUGUCUCAAGAGGGGUUGACGAAGGAAAAUUAUGUUGCUGCUUGCGGAAAUACAAGAAACGUGACGAUAGCUAAUGUAGUCAUCAUUUGACGCAAAUAUUUUUUUCUGUUGCAAUUUUGAGAGAAUCCAUGUGUCAUGAAAUUGAAUAUAUUGGAGGAAAGGUGUCCACUUUGUAGCAUCUUACAGUUCAUAAGCAGUAAUUGCUCUAAAUAAUAAACAUAUUGGUUUAAUGAACUAGGGUUUUUUGCAUUGAGGAGGAACUCCAUGAUACAAUUGUACUAUGUAAUAAUUCGCAAUAUCAUUACGAGCUGUUUGCUUGCAUUCUCUCAGA